GUGGACCUCGGUGAUCUGAGCUCCACCUCCUCAGAGAAGACCAAACCGAAAGCAGCUCACCUGGACAGGUAGAGGAACAGCAGCAGGUCGGCGUCUGAGCCCGAGAGAGGAUUUCACACAUCAGCGCUGUGGAUUCAACACGGUGAGAUUAUUAAUCCGAGAAAUGAGGAAGAUCGGCUGGAGAUCAAAGCAGGACCGGCUGCUUGUGUUUCCUCGCGGUUUAAACCCGUUUUAAUCCGAACUCAGAACCGGACUAAACUCCUCCUCCGAGCUCCAAACUGUGUGGCGGUGAAAGGCGGAGCCGCGGUUCUUCCCGAGAUGAAAGGCCUGAAAGUUCUGGGUGUUAUUACUGAGGAUAAGACCCCUUAUGAAGAUGUGUAUCAGUAUAUGAACAGGACAGCAGCUGCUCUGUUUGGUGGACGUGUGAUAAAGCUGACAGGUUUAAUGCUGACUGAUAGAAAAGCCAAAGCAAGGCUGACACAAACACCCUGCUCAGAAGAUCCACGAUGGAACCUCCUACAAUCAGCACUGAGAGAGAACCCAGCAGUGUGUCUCUGAAGAGUGACCGGUCCAUGGAGCCUCCUCUUAAUUUCAGAGGAGGAACAAGAGAACCCAGCUGUGUGUCUCUGAAGAGUGACCAGUCCAUGGAGCCUCCUCUUAAUUUCAGAGGAGGAACAAGAGAACCCAGCUGUGUGUCUCUGAAGAGUGACCAGUCCAUGGAGCCUCCUCUUAAUUUCAGAGCAGGAACAAGAGAACCCAGCUGUGUGUCUCUGAAGAGUGACCAGUCCAUGGAGCCUCCUCUUAAUUUCAGAGGAGGAGAAAGAGAACCCAGCUGUGUGUCUCUGAAGAGUGACUGGUCCAUGGAGCUGCCUCUUCUUUUCAGAGGAGGAACAAGAGAACCCAGCUGUGUGUCUCUGAAGAGUGACCGGUCCAUGGGGCAUCCUCCUGAAUCCAGAGGAGGAGAAAGUGGACCGAGCCGUCUGAGUACGUUACGCCCUCCAUGUCUCCGCAGUGAUCCCGUGUCCUCUGACCCAGAGCUGAACUCCACAGAAACAGCACUGCAGAUAAACUCUCUGGUGGAGGAAACUGAAGACCUUCAUCUGGAUUCUUAUCAACCAGUGAACGAUGUCCUGAGCAGAGUCUUAAAAACACACAAAACCAGCAUGAAGAACAAGUACGAGAGCUUAUUUGAGGGAAUCAGAACAGAAGAAAACAAAACCCUCCUGAACAGGAUUUACACACAGCUCUACAUCAUAGAGGGAGAGAGUGAAGGAGUGAAUGAGGAACAUGAGGUUCUACAGAUGGAGAAAACAACCAGGAAACACCUACAAGACAUUCCAAUCGACUGCUUAGACAUCUUUAAACAUCUACAUGGUCCAAAAGGAGAAACAGAUAAAGGGAAUGUAAAAGUUGUGACAGCUACAAGUGUCAGACAGAAAGAGGAUAAAAAACCAAAACAGCGAAAGAUCAAAGCAGUUCUGACUAAAGGAAUUGCUGGAAUUGGAAAAACGGUCUCGGUGCAGAAAUUCAUUCUGGACUGGGCUGAAGGAAAAGCCAAUCAGGAUGUAGAGCUCAUGUUUGUGCUUCCGUUCCGGGAGCUGAACCUGAUUAAAGAUGAUCAUCACAGUCUUCAUGGACUUCUGUGUGGUUUCCAUCCUGAGCUCAAAGAUCUGAACCCAGAGGUUUACGAUCAGAUCAAAGCUGUGUUUAUAUUUGAUGGUCUGGAUGAAAGCAGAAUUCCACUGGACUUUGAACAGUGUGAGAAAGUAUCUGACAUCACCAUGACAUCAUCAGUGGGUGUGUUGAUGACAAACCUCAUCAAAGGAGAGCUGCUUCCCUCUGCUCUGAUCUGGAUCACCUCCAGACCAGCAGCAGCCAAUCAGAUCCCUCCUAAAUACAUCAACCGUGUGACAGAGAUUCAGGGAUUCAGUGACCCACAGAAGGAGGAGUACUUCAGGAAGAGGAUCAGUGAUGAAGACCAAGCCGAGAGAAUCAUCUCCCACAUUAAGACAGUGAGGAGCCUCCACAUCAUGUGCCACAUUCCAGUCUUCUGCUGGAUUUCAGCCACUGUUCUUCAGAGAAUCAUGAAGCAGCCUCGUACAGAAAUCCCUAAAACUCUGACUGAAAUGUACUCGCACUUCCUGCUCACUCAGACCAGCAUGAAGAACGAGAAGUAUGAAGAGAAAAAGAGCAGAAAGCCAAAGAACCUGCUGGAGUCCAACAGAAUCAUGAUUCUGAAACUGGCUGAACUGGCUUUCAAACAGCUGAUGAAGGGCAAUGUGAUGUUCUCUGAAGAGGACCUGAAAGAGAACAGCAUUGAUGUCACUGACGCCUCAGUGUAUUCUGGGAUUUUCACUGAGAUCUUUAGGGAGGAAUGUGUGGUUUUUCAGAAGAAGAUCUACAGCUUUGUUCAUUUGAGCUUUCAGGAGUUCCUGGCUGCUGUCUUUGUGUUUCACUGCUAUGAGAGCAAAAUCAUGGAGCCACUGCGGUGUCUUAAACCAAGUAAUAGGCAAAGAACUAGAAACCCACUGGCUUUUUACUUUCAGGACAGAGGGUGGUCUAAAAACGCUCCACUCUAUGAUCUGCUGAAAGGAGCAGUGAAUAAAGCCUUAGACAGUCAGAAUGGACACCUGGAUCUUUUCCUCCGUUUCCUGCUGGGAAUCUCACUGGAGUCCAAUCAGAUACUCCUACAGGGUCUACUGACACACAUACAGAGACCACCAGAGAGAAUUAAAGAGCACAUCAAGGACAUAAUAACAGAUACAGAAAGACGACAUCACAUCUCAGCUGAGAGAUCCAUUAAUCUGUUCUUCUGUCUGUCUGAAAUGAAUGACCAGACUCUCUUCAGACAGAUUGAGGAGUAUCUAAAAUCAGAGAAACAUUCAGGUGAAGAUCUUUCUCCUGCACAGUGUUCAGCACUAGCCUACAUGCUCCUGAACUCUGAGGAGGUUCUGGAUGAGCUGGACCUGAAAAAAUACAGGACAUCAGAGGAGGGUUAUAGGAGACUGAUCCCAGCUGUGACUCUCUGCAGAAAAGCCCAAUUAGCUUCCUGUAAUCUUGGCGGUGAAGCUUGUGAAAUUCUCAGCUCUGUUCUGCAAUCAAACUCCUCUCUGAAACAGCUGGACCUCAGUAGCAAUGACCUCCAGGACUCCGGAGUGAAGCUGCUCUCAGUGGGAUUGAAGAGUUCACACUGUAAACUGGAAAUACUGAGAUUGUCUGGUUGUAUGGUGACAGAUGAGGCUUGUUCUUCUCUGGCUUCAGCUCUGAUAUCAAACCCCUCCCACCUGAGAGAACUGGAUCUGAGCUAUAAUCACCCAGGAGAGUCUGGAGUGAAGCUGCUCUCUGAUCUACUGGAGGAUCCACACUGUUCACUGGAGAAACUACAGGUGGAUCAUGGAGGGAAGAUCAGGAUGAAACCAGGACUGAAGAAAUAUGCUGUUGGUCUCACUCUGGAUCCAAACACAGUGUACAGGCGUCUCUCUCUGUCUGAGGGGAACAGAAAGGUGGAGUGGGUGGAUGAAGAUCAGCCGUAUCCAGAUCAUCCAGACAGAUUUGAUCGCUGUUUUCAGGUUCUGAGUGUGGAGAGUCUGACCGGACGCUGUUACUGGGAGGUUCAGUGGAGCGGAGCUGGAGCUGGUAUAUCAGUGUCAUACAGAGGAAUCAGGAGGAAAGGAGGCCGUGACUGUGAGUUUGGACUGAAUAAUCAGUCCUGGAGUCUGAUCUGCUAUAAGAACAGUUACACUGUCUGCCACAAUAAACGGAGAACUGCUCUACCUGCCCCCCCCUCCCCCUCCAACAGAGUGGGAGUGUAUCUGGACUGGGGGUCCGGCGCUCUGUCCUUCUACACCAUCUCCCCUGACACACACACACUGACCCACCUACACACAUUCACCACCACAUUCACUGAGCCGCUCUACACUGGAUUCAGUAUUUAUCCUGAUUCCUCAGUGAGUCUGUGUGAGACAGAAUAACAGAGAGAGAGAGACAGAGAGAGAGAAAUGAGCCUGAACUCUGAUCCAUCUUGUGCUCAUAGACCUGCUUCUGGUGUGGAACAAAUGAAGACUAAAGGAGAACCGAUCCUGCGGUGGGUUCCAAUCACAUCCUGCCUAAUAAGUGAAGACGCCGUCGUUAAUAUGAGAUAAAUAUGAGCUAAAAUAACUCAGAAUGAAAGAGGGCGUCGCACGGAUGUCUAAAAACCUCUACACUCACAUCCUGACCGCAGUCUGACGUCAAAGCUGUCUUCUCAGCGUCUCUAUAACUGACCUGUGUCCACUGGGUUUCUACAGGACACACCUGUAUUACUGCUCUGCAGUCCGCUCGCUCCCUCUGCUGGACACACAGCGCUACUGCACAGAGCCGGUCUUUCCCUCUGGAGGGAAACACACACUAAACACAGAAGCUCCCAACCGGUCCCUCAACACACACUCACAGCACUGCUACUCACUUCUAGCUCAGCAUCAUCACAACAACACAAUCUCAACAUUUCCCCACAGCUUUCACUCCCAGAGCAACAGAACCGGAUCAGCUCGGUACUGAAAGCCCAUCAUCGGAUAGAAACUGUAUUCCGAACGGCCUGAAUCGGAUUAGUCUAUUCCGACUGAGGUGUUUACAUGGACGUCUUCUAUUCCGAUUGAGCUGUUAGUGGGAUUAUUAAGGGAUUAUUAGGCUGCAGGUUAACGUGGCUCCUGCGUAGCGACGUCUACACGCUGUUUCCGGUGCUGUAGCUCUGUGGUGUGACGCUCUGUGUCUUUAAUGAAGUCCAGCUUUGUGUAAUGUAUUGUUGUUAGGCAGGACUGUGAAGUCCUAUAGGCUGUGACUGAAUACAACUUCAGCACAAUUGAAGUUUGAUUUAGUUUUGAUUUUCUUUUGUUCCACAUCUGAACUGAGACACAGCGGUGUGUGACCUCAUGUCUGAUAUCUGAGGCUGCGGCUCCCUGAUCCAGCACAAGUCCAGCUCUGAGGUUUGUAGGGUCAGUAUUCCUGCCUAGUAUGGGAGGGAAUAAAACUCCCGUCCAGUUUUCUCUCGUCCCAGCAGUUUCUAACAUCAGUACAUUCAGCACAAAAUGUCUUCACCAUUUUAAUUGUAGCAUUUCACUUAAAAAUCCUUAUUUUCUAAAACAAUUACACAAAUAAAAAAUGGGAUUGAUGGCGAUUAACUAUACACUGAAAACAAUAACACACUGGAUUUCCUCAGUUCAGUUAUGGACAUUGGUUGCUCACAUGUUGUUUGGUUUGGCAGCAACUUCCACAAUUGUGUUAAAUCAAAAUAAACGAUUUAUGUUCAUUCAA